UUGUUUUUAUUUUCUUUCAUUCUCUUCAGGAAUCAGGUAUAUUUUUUAAGGGUAUCGACAAGUGACUCAGUAGACGCUCAAAAGCCAUCUGAAUCACUGUCGAGACAAACCGACGAUGACAUCGCAGAAUAUGGCAAUGAUAACAGUCUUGGCUAUACGGUGGCUCAUUAUGGUGAUAAUGGAAAACCGCAAACUGUUAGUAGCCGUACUUUUGAAGAUGACGGCAGAGGCACCGUAACUUCUACAUAUACUUCAGAAACACGUUAUAGCAGCUCUUCUCCGUUACGAACCUUUGAAUAUAGCAAGGGAACCAGUAGUGUUUUACCUGAUAACAGUGGUCGUCCAGUUUCAUCUACUUAUGAAGAAAUUAGUUCUUAUGAGAGUUCUAGAACUUCACCGAAAGGAACUACAACAGAACGAAUCAGUGAUGUAAGAUCUGUUGUACGAUCUGGGGAUGACCGUCAACGACCUCCAGUGACGUCAUUAUCUCGUGAAAAGGAAUUUGUCACAGACAAUAGAUGUUAUGGUUUCCAGGAACCAGCAGAAAAGUUUGCUGCAAGUGGAAAACAUGAUGAAAGUGUAGAUGAAGCAAGUUUUGGCAGUAAAAGGCAUAAGUUCUUUGGCGAAGAUAGAGAAUUUGAAAAACCUGAAAACAGUAACACCACUGAUGUCGGAAUGAUUCGAACUACUUACGAACGAUUCUCCAACGAUACUCGGGAACGUCUUCCCGAAGUUGAAAAAAAUGAUACUACACGAUCGAGUAUGGCUUCUUAUACUGCUAGUGAGUUUGAUCCAUCUAAGAUUUAUAGCGGCGAAUCAUCGAGGCAAGAGACGGAUUUGAAGGAUUCUGUAUAUUCUACUUCAUCUUUUGGUACCUAUGACCGACGCACAUCUGAACUUGACAAUAGUUUUGAAAAUUUCCCUCCUCCUCCACCGCCAUCUUCGUCUUCUCAACAAGGCUCGUCAGUCGUUUAUAAGUCCGAUGUCAAGCCUCCCGUAGAAUUGGAUAGUGAUGGUAAAAAAUUGUCGGAUCAUCCGAGGAAAAACGUUGGGACACAAGAGGAAGGUAAACGAGAGACUAUUCCUGAAAAUGAAAGUGAGUUGCUUAAAAGUCUAGAAGAGCUUGAGACUGUUGGAAGAGAUAAAGCUGGAGUGAAGCCUUCCGAAAGUAAAGAUACAGACGCUCGAGGACAUGGAUCAAGCAAUGAGACUGGUGACGACAGAAACGAGGAACUUUUUAGGGAACCCAAAGAUAAUUACUUUAGGACUGUUGCGUCUUAUGGUGGAGAAGAGAAACCAGAGGUUUCAAAAGUUGAGACUGUUGAAGAAUUUCCGUUGAAUACUCUUUGCAGAGAUAAAGAAAUGAGUCGAACUUCAUUACCGACAGUCUCUGACCAGGCAGCACGACCAAACGCAACUGAUGUUGUAAUCGAGAAAAGUCCGGCUGAAACUAGAGCUGAUGGAUUAAAACUUACCUCAAAGAUGUCUUUCGAACUGAUAGAACCAGAAGGAAACAUUUCAUCAAGCGUAGUCGAAGAAGCUCUAACACCGAGUACCUCUCGUCGAGCUGACGAAAAGAGGAAGGAUGAGCUUGAUGAUGGAUUUGAAUCUGACAAACGAAUACCAUCUGUUCAAUUAUUGGAAAAAGUCGAGCAGUUGCCACACUCUAAACCCCCAAGUACAGCGACAACCCCAAAAGUAACUCCUAAAACAACACCACGCCUUAACUUGAAGUUUAUAAAAGAUACAAAAGAGCAAAAAGGAGCAUUCGACUUUGGCAAGUCAAAGUUCACCUCAAAACAUGAAGUCGUCAGGCGAGGAAAAGAAGUUGAGGUGAAGCUGGAAUCGCUGAAACUUGGGAAAGAAGACAAUCUUCGUAUUGUUGUCAUACCACCUGCUAAACCAAAUGAAGAACGCGUAGAAUUCGAACCCAAAGUUAAAAAAUCUCGCCAUACUUAUGAAAUAUCUUUCAGACCUACAGAAGUUGGUACACAUAAAAUUAUGGCAUACGUUAAUGGCAUUGUACACCCGCUCAGUCCGUUCCCAAUCAGGGUUUAUGAUGCAUCAGAAAUAAUUGUAGGAGCAAUAACUCCACAGAGCACAACUAACGAUACUGUAGAAUUUACUGUGGAUGCUGGACGUGCAGGCUUUGGCAACUUAGAAAUGGCUAUCAAGGAUAGUGAAGGAGUUAUUAUACCGUCUCAUGUUGCACAGUUGGAAACAGGAACUGCUAAAUUCCUAGUCACUUUUAAUCCAACUACUGCUGGAAUGCAUACAGUCAAUAUAACAUUUAACAAAGAAGUCCUUAAAAACAGUCCAUUUGAAGUAAUGAUAAUUGAACCGAAAACCGAAGACGAAGAUGCAGGGCCUGCUGGAAACAAAACAAAAGACACGAAAAAGGAAGAGAAAAAACGGAUUGAAAAAGAGAAGCCGAAGAAAGAGAAAGAAGAAAAGCAGGAUUCUGCAAAAAAGCCAAAGGAAAAGGAUUCAAAAAAGAAGAAGCAUGUUGCGGAGCAGAAAACUACCGUUUCAACUAUCCCAUCGUUAAGCCGAAUGAACAAGCCAGCCGUUAUAUUCGUCAACGUUUCGGGUGCCGAACAACUUGGAGUUGUUGUUUCUGGUAUGAAUGCAAAAAAACCAAAACUGCUGUACUGCACUCCUAAAAAUCCUUAUAAACGCCCUGUGGAAUGCGAAGUAGUUGAUCACGAAAAUGGAGUGAAAAAAGUUAUCUUCACUCCGACUUGCGUUGGUGAUCAUGAAAUUGAUAUUAAAUAUGGAGGAGUAGACGUUCAAGGAAGCCCGUUUACUUGUCGCUCGUACGACCCAGCAAAAAUUGCUGUGGGAGAAAUACCAAAUGGAAUUGUUGAUCAGACAGUUCACUUUAUUGUGGACGCCAGCGAUGCUGGAGUUGGAAAUUUGGAAGUUGCAAUUAACGAGGGGCACAUACCGUCUAUGGCUCAAUCUUUAGGACAACAUCGUUACGAUAUAUCGUUUGUUCCAAGAGAGCAAAUUGAUCACACUAUUUCUGUUCGGUUCAACAAUGAACCUGUCCCAGGAAGUCCAUUUAUCUGCCAUGUUGGUUCACCACAUGCUAUAACUGUAUCUGGACCGGGACUGGAACGAGUUCCUGUUGGGCAGGUCUCUAGAUUCUACCUGAGUGUUGAAGGUCAAGAUCAAACCGUGGAACCUGUAGUGCUUAUCACCGACGUCCACGGUGAACAAGUGCCGGCGGAAAUAUUCUAUUCUGAAGCCGAAAAGAAAUAUGUCAUUGAAUAUGUACCAAAGAAUAUAGAAAUUGAAUAUGAAGGGGAACCAGUUUCUUCAUCUCCAUUCACUUCUAAAGCAUAUGAUGCAAACUGUGCCCGCCUAACAUGCGUAGAAAAGGCUGUGGUUGGUAAACCUUGUACGUUCACUAUAGAUGCGGCUCGUGCCGGCGCUGGAAAUAUGGAAAUAAUCGUCAGCGUGGAAAAUCGUAAUGUACCCAACUUUGUCCAGGCUGAAGGCCAAGCUAAAUUUAAAGUGUCGUUCACGCCACAAGAGCCAAAAGAGCACAUUAUAAGCGUUCGUUUUAAUGGACAACCAAUACCCGGUUCACCGAUGACAUGCCCGGUUAUGGAAGCUCCUCAGCAGUCUUCUCGUUUGAUUACCAAUCAAGUUGAAACUCCUCUUUCAUCGACUCCUACCCAGCAAAUUAAACUAAUUGGAGAUCUAUCACUUGCUCAGGUUGGUCAAAUUAAAGGGUUUAGCAUUGAUACAGGAGGUCGUGAUGUUGACUGCCUUGUUGUAGUUACUGAACCUGAUGGACGAGAAGUUACAACUCAGGUUGAAAAAGUUUUGGAUGGUUAUCAUGUUCAGUUCCUACCAUUAAUAUCAGGUGACCAUCAAAUUAAUAUUGAAAUCGACGGGAGACCACUCGGGAUUUGUCCUGUGAUAAUGGAGGUGGUUCACACUCCAAAGGUCCCUCGCCUACCUUCUACCGUCCUUAUAGGAAAGAAGCUAGCUUUUGAAGUGGAUGCGGGUCGGAGUGUUCAAGAAGAUUUGAUUGUGAAAGUUAGGGACGAAGAAGGUCACGAGCUGCCUGUCACGACAGAAACUGACAGCCGUGGUAUUAUAAGGGUGAACUGUAGAUUUCGGAACAAAGGCCGUCACACAGUCGAGCUCUUCCUUGAUGGUAGGUUGAUGAGUGAACCUCAGUACUUAAAUGUGAUAGCUCCUGGUACUGGUGCACGGAUAAUAAAUGAAAUUGAGCGUGGUCGGGUAGGCGAGCCAUUCAAAGUUGCAAUUCGUGUAGACACUGGAGUGAGCAAGCACUGUAGUAUUGCUCUUACAGACCCACAUGGCAACCAAGUCCCUGUUUCACUUCGUGACAUUGCCAACGACAUUAUUGAGGCUGAGUUUGUGCCCAAAACAGAGGGGAACCAUAGUCUUUCUAUUAAAGUUGGAGAUGAACGUAUCAAAGGAAGUCCAUUCAGAGUUGCAGUGCUAGACCUAAGUACUGUUCGAGUCAUUGGCCUUAAAAACGAUCGCAUAGGUUUAGAGCAACGUUUCAAUGUUGACUGGUCCAACUCUGGCGGCAGUGAAGCGAGUGUACGAAUAACGAGGGAUGACUCAGAAAUUCCAUGUGCCGUUAAGAAAGUGAAGCCUGGUUUGUACGUUUGUUCCUUUACCCCCAAACAAGCUGGAUUACAUCUGGUUGACGUCAAAAUAGAUGGAAUUUUACUUCCUGAAUGCCCUUAUGAAUGCAUCAUCAACGAUACUGGUGCUGUACGCGCUCGUGGAGACGCACUAACUCGAGCGCAAAGAGGAAAGACUGCUCGUUUUGAAGUUUCUUUGUCAAAUGCUGUUCGUGGAGAACUUGACGUUAUUAUAACAGGUAGAUCAAGCAAAGUUCUAGAAUUACUAAGAACAGAAAGUUCGAUGUACUUUAUCAGUUUUGAAUUUAACCUUUUCUUUAAUUACCGGCUUCACAAAAUUGAGGUUCUUUUUGCGGAUGUUCCAAUUGCUGGAAGUCCAUUUAAAUGUGAAGUUGUCGACCCCAGGAAAGUAAUUAUCAAAGGAAUGCAAGAGUCCUUUGUUUUGCACCAGCCAGCAAAUAUAUCAGGUUUUCAAGUUGCAGUAAGCAGAGCUGAAGCAGGCAAUGGCGAGCUACAAGUCGAUGUUACGGAUCCCUCAGGUCAGCUCAUGAAGGCUGACGUGCUGAAAUCUCCAAAUGGAACUGAACAGAUUUCAUUUCUACCCACUGAAGUUGGUAAAUAUAAAUUAAACGCCCGUCUUGCAGGAUUUCAAGUUGCCGGAACUCCUCAAAAUAUAAUUGUUGAAGAACAAGGUAAACCAUCAGUAGGCGGUAACGCAAUUGAAAGAGUCGUGGAUGUUAAUCAGCAAGCAAGCGUAAUAUUUGAUUCAAAGAAGAUCAAAGGAGGUUUGAAGAUUGAUGUUAGAGGUCCGAAAAAGAGUAAAGUGCGACAUACCGCUAACAAGCGCUCAGACGGCACCACAGAAAUUCUGUUUACUCCUACAGAAGUUGGACAGUAUCUUGUGAACGUUGAGUUCAAUAACAAGUCAAUAACAGGCAGCCCAUUCUCGGUAGAGGUUGUUGAUUCUCAUAAGGUUAUUAUUGACGAUGAGAAUGUCGAUGAUAACAAUCUUCUACAUUUAGCGGUCCAACAGAGGAAUGUCAUAAAUGUUGAUGCAACUGCUGCAGGAAAAGGAGAUCUUCGGGUUGAAGUAUGUAAUGCGGAAGGUGAUUUUGUUGAUGGCUGCAGUGUGGAAUCUCUUGGAUAUGGGAAAUACCGUAUCCUGUUUAAUCCCAGAAUUGUUGGUGAAUACAAAAUAUUUCUAUACUGGUCCGAAAUUCCUGUCGAUAGCGCAUAUCCACUUCAAGCUGUGGCAGAAUCUGACGAACCUUCAACUUCACACGGUUUUGCUAGUAGUAACGCAGAAGUUGUACGUCAUCUGGCUACUAGUAAGAGAGUAUGUUGUAGCGAAAAAGAGCAGACAUAUGAAGAGAAUGAAAUGGCCGAUAUGGGAAGAAUUGUUCUGCGUGGCGAAGGUCUUACCCGUGCUUUUACAAAAGAAAAAGCCGAGUUUAUUAUUGAUACGUCAGAUGUUUCACGAGAAGGUCGGAUUACAUGCGCCCUCACUGGCCAAAAAGCCGACGUUCCUAUUCGCCUUGUACAUCUAGGAAAUAACGUGUACAAAGCCACCUACACACCUCUAAUACCAGGCAGCUAUGAACUACAAGUACUGUGGAAUAGCCAUAAUGUCAAUGGCUCACCAUUCCUUGUCCAUGUUGAUCAUAAUAUUAGUGCUGCAGAACUUAUUCAUGUUGACACAAAUACUCUCAAGAUUGGAAUAAUUAAUGAAGAUAUCAAGACAUUAAUUGACACUAGGCGUGCUGGUCCAGGGCAACUGUCAGCGCAAUGUAUGGGGCCCUCAAAGUUGGCAUACUGCGAAUUGUACGAUCAUCGUGAUGGCACCUACACUUUAUCCGUUAGGCCUUCAGAGAUUGGCAAACAUACAUUAGUGGUCAAAUAUUCAAAUGAGCACGUACCCGGAAGCCCGUUUGUUAUAAAUGUUUCUCACCCACCAGAUGCUUCUAAAGUUCGAGUUUUUGGUCCUGGAAUUGAACAUGGCAUACUAUCUACGUUCAAAUCCAACUUUGUUGUCGAGACGAAAGGCGCUGGUGCCGGUCAGCUGACCGUGCGAGUGCGUGGCCCGAAGGGGGCAUUUAAUGUUGAAAUGCAAAGGGAAAAGAAGCAGGAAAGGACAAUACACUGUAAAUAUGAGCCGAAAGAGCCAGGAGAUUAUCAAGUGGAAGUUAAAUGGCACGGGGAGCAUGUUCCCGGUUCACCCUUCUUGGUCAUGAUCAUGGAUACUGAACAAGAGUUAGAGCGAUUCCUCAGAGGAAGUGCGCCAUCUCCACAGCCUGCUACUCCAUUCAUACCGCCGGGAUGGAUCGGCACUCCGCCACCACCGCUGUUUAUGAGUGGUCCUCCUGCACCUCCUCAUGGGCCUUAUCCUCCUCCUCAUCUUGCUCUUCCACCCCCACACGGUAUGGUCCCUUACGGUCCUUCUCCUCCUCAUGCUAUGAGAACAGGUGCUAGAACACGAUAUGCGAAUGGAUACUGA